AUGGAGCCGCUCCGGCUGUGGAUACUUGUUUUGGGCUCUCUGAUUUUUGCGGAAACCUUGUGGACACGGGCCAUUGAUCUGGAUCAGCAGCUCAGGCCAGAGGAUGUGCAGCUGGCUGAGGGCUACCUCAGGAGGUUUUACAACCUGAAUCACAGAAGCAGAGACAGAAUGCCAGUGAGGCGGAUUCGCUCCACGCCUGUCGUGGAGGAGAAGGUUAGAGAGAUGCAAAACUUCUUUGGUCUGAGAGAGACGGGACAACUGGACCUCCCCACCCUGGAUGUAAUGAGGGAGUCGAGGUGUGGUGUUCCAGAUGUGGACAACUUCAGCUUUUACCCAGAGAAGCCAAAAUGGAGAAACCAUACCAUCACAUACAUGAUUGCCAAAUACACUCCGGACUUGAAGAGAGAGGAUGUGGAAAAGUCCUUUCGCUCAGCGCUGAAGAUGUGGAGUGAUGCCGCACCACUGAGGUUCAUUAGAGUCAACCACGGCAAAGCUGAUAUUGUCUUCUCCUUUGCCCGCAGAACUCAUGGAGAUUUCUUUCCCUUUGACGGGCCCCGGGGUGUGCUGGCUCACGCCUUUCAGCCUGGAGAGGGGAUAGGAGGAGACGUGCACUUUGAUGAGGAUGAAAUGUGGACAGCAGGGAGUCAAGGUUACAGCCUGUUUGCUGUUGCAGCUCAUGAACUUGGCCACUCACUGGGUCUGACUCACUCGAGGGACCCCUCUGCGAUCAUGUACCCCAAUUACAGGCAUCACAGCAGUACACAGUACUCGCUGUCCAAAGAUGACGAGCUUGGUAUCCAAACAUUGUACGGAAAACCCACCAAAACUGUGGACACUCAACAGGUUCCCAAAAAGUGUGACCCCAACUUCUCUUUCGAUGCAGCUACUAUGAUUGGAAAUUAUAUUGUUUUCUUUAAAAACAGGUACAUGUGGAUGAGGACAACGAGGGCGACCUACUGGAAUCGCCUAAGCGAGGGCCACAGCAGCUCAUAUUUGCCCAGCAUCAGUUCUCACGUCGAUGCCGCGUAUGACAUCCCAGCCAAAGGCUUGGCAUACAUAUUCACUGGUCAUAAGUAUUGGGUGGUUCAACGGCUUAAGAUGAAAAGUCGCUCUGGCUCCAUCUACGAGUUCGGCCUCCCAACAAGAAUCAGGCAGGUCGAUGCGGCCGUACAUAUCAGUGAAUACGGGAAAACAGUUUUCUUCACUGGAGAGUUUUAUUACAGGUACGAUGAAAGCAAGAGAUGCAUGGACCCUGGAUUCCCCAGACUCAUCCAAACAGACUGGCCUGGAAUCCCGAGAAGGGUCGAUGCUGCAUUCAAGUUACAUGGCAGCAUCUUCCUCCUCAGUGGGAUAAAGUCCUACCAGUACGACUUCAAGCAAAAACGGGUGGUGAAAAUCAUAUCAGCCAAUUCUUGGCUGGGAUGUUGA